GCCUGUGAAUUCCUGACUUGGCCGAACAUUAAGACAACACAUUUUCUUCUCCAAAAAGAGUUUGGAGUGUGUGACAAACAUCACACUAUGGAAACCAUUGGAGAGAUCAUCCCGUUUGCUAAGGAGAUGCUGACCCAGAGGCCCAGCCUCAGCAUGCUGAAGCUCUACAUGCUGGGCUCCACUAUGGUGGUGCUGGGAGUCGUGGGAGGACUGGUGGAAACUGUUCUCCUGCCGUUUGGGGAGCAGGAAACUGUUGAGGACGCUCCAGGAGAGCUCAUCAUGGAGAAGGAGAAGGAGAAGAAGCCAGACAUGACCGCGGUCAGCCCUGAAGAGGAUGACGUGUACGAGACGGAGCUGAUGGAGGCCAAGGCCAAACACCUGGUGAUGGGCCGGAGGAGAAGCUCCAUCCGCUUACUUGGUUCUUAAGGAAACCCUCCUCUACUGGUGUAAAUGGACACAACACUUAAAAUGUUAAUGGUAAUGGUGCUAAAUUAAAUCACCACGUUGAACUUGUCACUUUGUACUCGUUUUUUUAUUUCAGAUUUGGUUAAACAUGAAAGAAAUGAUAUACACUGCAGGCUAAUGUCUGGCUGCUGGGCAGCAGAUACUUGUGGAUGUGACUUGAUGAAUGUGUUGGGAAAAAAUGUAGUGAUUAAAUUCGUUUUACACUCGAAUAAAGCUAUUUUUCAGCUA